AUGCCAGCCAACCGAGCUGCCUGGCUCACCGGCAAGAAGGUCAAGCCUUUGGAAGUCAGGUCAGCGCCUUACACAGCCCCAGGCGAGAAUGAGAUCGUCGUCCACAACCGAGCUGUUGCCAUCAACCCCGUGGACUGGAUUAAACAAGAAAUAGGCGACUUCAUGUACGAAUGGGUCAAAUACCCCAUGAUUCUGGGCAACGACAUUGCCGGAGAGGUUGUUGAGGUUGGAUCUGGCAUUAGUGCGAAGCGAUUCAAAGUUGGAGACCGCGUCUUGGGUCACGCUGUCGGUCUUGAUAAGCGCAGCAACAGGACAUCGGAAGCCGCUUUCCAAGACUACGUUGUCUUGAGAGCCAAUCUCGCUUCGACGAUCCCCGACUUCAUCAGCUUCGAGCAGGCGUGCGUAGUCCCCCUCGGUGCAUCGACUGCCGCGUCCGGUCUCUUCGCGAAAGAUUUUCUCAACUUGCAACAUCCGAGGCUUGAUGCGAAGCCUAACGGCGAGACUCUCUUAGUCUGGGGUGGGUCGACUAGCGUGGGCUGUAAUGCAAUCCAGCUCGCGAUUGGCGCGGGUUAUGAGGUUAUUGCGACGGCCUCGCCAAAGAACUUCGAAUACCUCAAGACCCUCGGCGCCAAAGAAACCUUUGAUUACCGCAGCCCCACCGUCGUUCAGGAUAUUAUCACAUCGUUCCAAGGACGAACAUCUGCCGGCGCCAUCGCUAUUGGGGCCAACUCCCUCAUCCCUUGCGUCAAUAUCAUCGCAGCGUCCAAGGGACGAAAGUUUGUUGCCCAGGCGAGCGUUGCCGGGCCAGGAAAGCCGCCUAGCAGCAUGACUGGUUUGGUGUCCAUGAUCUGGGCGCUGACCGCUGAGAGUGUCUCAGCCACUGUCAAGGGCAAACUUUCUGGUGUUCGGAGCAAGUUCAUCUGGGGAAGCGACGUCAUGGCUAACGAGGUUGGCGUGGCAGUGUAUCAAGACUUCUUACCUGAUGCCAUGGCUCAAGGCAAGUUUGUUCCGGCUCCGAAGGCGGAGGUGAUUGGCAAGGGCCUCGGAUCCAUCCAGGAGGCGUUUGGGGUCAGCUACAAGGGGGUUUCUGCAAAGAAGGUGGUUGUGUCUCUCUAG